GAUCUCAGUUAACACACACUUUACCACUAAACGAGUAAAAUAUAACGACUAAAACCAAACAUCACUUCCACGCGCUUUCAGUACGCGUGUCAACCAAAUCUCUCCUCUUAAAGCCAAAAUAAAGAGAGAGACUUGGCUUCUUCUUCUUCUUCAUCUUCUUUGGAACUCUUUGGAAUAAUUUUAUAUCUCAAGAAGCUUCACAGUUAUUGAAAAUGCUAUAACAGUAGCGGUAGAAAGCACAGAUCUUUACCCCAUUUAGAGUAAAAAAAAAACGCGUUUUCUUAAAAUGCGGUUACGUUUUCCGAGGAAAUCCGCGGUUUUAGCGUUUGUCGUGUUCUUGUUGUUCAUUCCACAGUUCUCCGUCGGGAUACGGAUGAUUCCGGGGAGAAUCUCCGCCGUGUCAGCCGCCGUGGGGAAUGGAUUUGAUUUUGGUCCGUUCGUAGAAGCUCCCGAGUACAGAAACGGCAAGGAGUGCGCGUCUCAAUCGUCUAACAGAGAGAACUUCGUGUCGUCUUGCGACGCUUCAUUAGUUCACGUAGCUAUGACGCUCGACUCAGAGUACUUACGUGGCUCAAUCGCAGCCGUUCAUUCAAUGCUCCGCCACGCGUCGUGUCCAGAGAGCAUAUUCUUCCAUCUCAUCGCUGCCGAGUUUGACCCGGCGAGUCCACGCGUUUUGAGUCAACUCGUCCGAUUUACGUUCCCCUCGCUUAACUUCAAAGUCUACAUUUUUCGGGAAGACACGGUGAUCAACCUCAUCUCUUCUUCGAUCCGACAAGCCCUCGAGAACCCGUUGAACUACGCUCGGAACUACCUCGGAGAUAUACUCGAUCGAUGCGUAGACCGAGUCAUUUACCUCGACUCGGACAUCAUCGUCGUCGACGAUAUUACCAAGCUUUGGAACACGACUCUAACAGGGUCGCGUGUCAUCGGAGCUCCGGAGUAUUGUCACGCUAACUUCACAAAGUACUUCACUUCAGGGUUCUGGUCUGACCCGGCUUUACCCGGGUUCUUCUCGGGUCGAAAGCCUUGUUAUUUCAACACGGGUGUGAUGGUGAUGGAUCUAGUUAGAUGGAGAGAAGGUAACUACAGAGAAAAGCUUGAAACUUGGAUGCAAAUACAGAAGAAGAAGAGAAUCUACGAUUUGGGUUCGUUGCCUCCGUUUCUACUAGUCUUUGCAGGGAACGUUGAAGCAAUUGAUCAUAGGUGGAACCAACAUGGUUUAGGAGGAGACAACGUAAGAGGAAGCUGUAGGUCUUUGCAUAAAGGUCCAGUGAGUUUGUUGCAUUGGAGUGGUAAAGGUAAGCCGUGGGUGAGACUUGAUGAGAAGAGACCUUGUCCGUUGGAUCAUCUAUGGGAACCGUAUGAUUUAUAUGAGCAUAAGAUUGAGAGAGCUAAAGAUCAGGCUUUGCUUGGGUUCUCUUCUUUGUCUGAGUUAACAGAAGAGUCAAGCUUCUUGUGAAGAGUGUGUGUGUAAGUCAAACACCAUUCUUUUACUUGUUUUUUUUUGUUGUAGUUUUGGGGUAUCACAAAUACAUUGUUGAGUUGAGACUCGAGAGAUAUUUUUUGUUUUGACUGUUGGUGGUGUAAAAAUUGACUAGUGAGAGACAGAGUUUGUAGAAGCCAUUGAUGAGGACUAGCUAUAGGAGAAUUCUUUUUUUGUUGAAAUUGUAUUUUGUUAUGUUAGCUACCCUAAAUGGUUAUGUUGAUCUCAAUUGUCUGUGUUGAGAGACUUUUCAAGAAUAUGUAGCAAGUGUUGUUAUAGCAUGAAAUAAAAACCCAAAUUUGUUAA